CGUCGAAUAGGAAUACGAGAGAACAUGAGCAUGUGCACAUUUUGCAUCGACGCCUCCAGGGUCUCUUGACGACUGUGCGACAGAUAGAAACCCAAAUAGACGAAACAACGUUGUUGUGCAACUACGCAGUUAAAACAGCCAAUGGAGCCAAUGGGCUUGGAGGUAGAGCAGGAACGUCGAGAGAGCAAUUGCAACAUCAUCAAGGCCUUGAUAUGCGAACAAGAGCUGCUCCUGAAUACAAUGGGCUAACCAGUAGGUCUCCUGGAGGUGGAGCUGGAGGGAAGCAUCCAAUUGGUGGUGCUAAUGGACACGGACGAGGCCCCUCUGCAUCUACUUUGUUUCAAGAACAACUACAGCAGCAUACAAGAUCUACUGGCACGGCUUCUUUUCGUGCGACUGGC